CUUCCUGGUUUCCUUUUCUCUCCCAUUCCUGCAAAACAAAAUCCCUAAAAUCAGAUCUCCGCAACUAAACACUGACCCAAACACCCCAGUGCUUCAAUGGCGGAAACUCGAACACCCAAAAAGCCAUCAGCAAAAACCUUCAAGUCUCCGAAACAAUCGUCUCCUCUCCCUCCGACGUCAAGCUUCCUCACCCCGCAGACUCCGCAGACCGCCGACCCACCCCGCCGAUCCUCCCGUCGUCUAUCCCUGAAGUUCGAUUCCACCCCCGAGAAGCCAGUUCAGCAAUCGGCGAGGAAGGAGAAGAGCUCGAGGAGAAAUGAAUUGAUAAAACCCCCAAAAUCUUGUUCUAAAACUGUGGACGCGGCGGAGUUGACUUUCUCCCCGGCGUCGCCGGAGCAAUCGGAGGCGAGGAAGAGGAAAAGAGCCGAUGGGAAGCAGCAAAGGACGGCGGCGAAGAGGGUUUAUUACAGGAAAGUGGUGUAUGACGAGGGAGAAUUCGGGGUUGGGGAUGACGUGUAUGUGAAGCGGAGGGAGGACGCGAGCUCCGACGAGGAGAUCCCUGAAUCGGAGGAAUGUAGAAUGUGCUUCAAGACGGGGAAGGCUGUCAUGAUUGAAUGUGAUGAUUGCUUGGGUGGAUUUCAUUUGAAAUGCUUGAAGCCUCCGUUGAAAGAUGUUCCUGAUGGGGAUUGGAUUUGUGGGUUCUGCGAGGCGAAGCGAUCUGGGAAGGUGGUUGAGGGGCCUAGGCCUCCUACUGGGAAGAGGAGAGUCAGAACUUUGAGGGAGAAGCUUCUUUCCAGUGACCUAUGGGCUGCACGCAUUGAAAGUUUGUGGAAGGAAACGGAUGGAAGCUAUUGGUUUAAGGGUCGAUGGUAUAUUAUACCAGAAGAAACUGCAACCGGAAGGCAAGCUCACAACUUGAAGAGAGAGCUUUACAGGACAAACGAUUUUGCUGAUAUUGAGAUGGAGUCAGUCAUAAGGCAUUGUUCGGUCAUGACUCCCAAAGAGUACGCAAAGGAAAACGAAGGAGAUGAUGUUUUCAUGUGUGAAUAUGAGUAUGACGUACGUUGGAAUUCAUUCAAGCGCAUAGCUGAAAUCGACAAUGAGGGAGAGGAAGGUGAAGAUGCUGGGAGCGAUGAAGAUUGGAAUUCGUCCAAAGACGUAGUUUCUGAUUCUGAAGAUGACAUGGAGUAUGAAGCUGAAGCUGAUAAACAUUUGCCACACAGAACCUCUUCAACACAUGCCCUGGCUGCAAACUCAAAGAAAGGGCACUUUUAUGGCCUUCAGAAGAUAGGAACCAAGAGGAUACCAGAACAUGUUAGGUGUCACAAACAAACUGAUCUAGAAAGAGCAAAAGCAACACUGUUGUUGGCGACAUUGCCCAAAUCUCUUCCUUGCAGGAAUAAAGAAAUGGAUGAGAUUACUACAUUUAUAAAAGGUGCCAUCUGUGACGAUCAGUGUCUAGGUCGUUGCCUCUACAUCCAUGGUGUUCCCGGAACUGGGAAGACAAUGAGUGUGCUAUCCGUAAUGAGGAACUUGAGGUCUGAAGUUGAUGCAGGAACAGUAAAGCCAUACUCCUUUGUCGAGGUUAAUGGGCUAAAGUUGGCAUCUCCAGAGAAUAUUUAUAGGGUUAUUUAUGAGGCUCUGAGUGGUCACAGGGUUAGCUGGAAAAAGGCUCUCCAUUUGUUGAAUGAGAGAUUCUCAAAUGGGAAGAGCAUUGGCAAAGGGGAUGACAAGCCAUGUAUUCUACUCAUUGAUGAGCUUGAUCUACUUGUGACUAGAAACCAAUCGGUUAUAUACAAUAUUCUUGAUUGGCCAAAUAAGCCGCAUUCUAAGUUAAUCGUGAUAGGAAUAGCAAAUACAAUGGAUCUUCCAGAAAAGCUGCUCCCUCGCAUUUCUAGCCGUUUGGGUAUCCAGAGGCUUUGCUUUGGCCCCUAUAACUAUCAGCAGCUACAAGAGAUAAUUUCAAGUCGUCUUAAAGGGAUCGACGUGUUUGACAAGCAAGCUGUAGAGUUUGCCUCAAGGAAGGUUGCCGCCAUAUCUGGAGAUGCACGUCGUGCUCUAGAGAUAUGCAGGCGCGCAGCUGAAAUUGCCGAUUAUCGUAUCAAAAUGUUGAGGGAAACUCCCACAGGGAAAGGUAUGGUUGCAAUGUCAGACGUAGAAGCAGCCAUUCAGGAAAUGUUCCAAGCACCACAUAUCCAAAUGAUGAGAAGUAGCUCCAAACUCGGUAAAAUAUUCUUGACAGCCAUGGUAUAUGAGCUCUACAAAACAGGGAUGGGAGAGACAACAUUUGAGCAGUUGGCGAUGACAGUUUCAUGUCUCUGUGCGGGCAAUAGAGAAGCCUUUCCUGGCUGGGACACUCUCAUGAGAGUUGGCUGUAUGUUGGGUGAAAGCAGAAUAAUUGUAUGUGAACCAGGAGCUAGGCACAGGCUGCAGAAACUGCAGCUCAACUUUCCAAGUGAUGACGUGACUUUCGCACUGAAAGACAGCAAGGACCUGCCAUGGCUAGCCAAGUUUUUAUGCCAUGGCUAGCUAACUUCAUCAUCUACUUAUAUCCAGCAAUUUUGGGAGGCUGCAACUAGUAAUGUACUUCGUCGAGACUGUGGUUCAUCAACUUUAUUUAUUUAUUUAUUUAUUCAGAACCACACAAACUGUGGUUCAGAGGCGCUAUUAGAUACCAACAUGGGCGGCUGGAAGCCUGGAACUCGAAUUUGUACUUUGUUGAGACUUUCUUGCGUUGGUUUCAAGUUUCAACACUCUUUGUAACCCUUGAGAGAGUCAAUUGCAUAAACGUUCUUUCUAAGUGGCCGAUAUAUUAUGGCAAAUUCAUUAUAGCGCGAAUAAUCAUUCUCUUACUACAAACUAAACUAAAGCACGCCGGAGAUGGCGAUAAAAAACAGGGGUAGUAAACCGACGGCGAGAACUGAGAAUCCAAAAUGGCAGAUGGCUCACCACCUAAUCGCUUUAACUUCCUAGAAACCAAUCAAUCCAGCCAGAAGAACAAACACCCCCACAUAAGAACCCAACUUAAGCUCCCUCAUCCUGUACCCACCACUAGUGCCAUUUCCCGGAGCCGAAGCAGGGGGUGAGCCGCCGGGAGUGGAGCCAAGAGCAGGGGAAGAAGCCGGAGCCGGAGCCGCGCCACCGGUCAGUUGCAGCGUCUGCUUGGCAGCCAGAUUCGGGGGCCCAAAAUCGUGCUUCCCGGGAAGCCCGUUGGUAACCGUCGCCCCGACCUGCCAGACGUGGUUGACCCGAUCGGCGCCCGCCGGAAGUUUCACGGAGGCGAAAAUCGCGGUGGCCCCACCGCUGAGAGACUCGGCGGCGAGGUCCCAGACGUCGAACGACAGCUUCUCCUCCUUGAUGCUCCCGUACGAGACGAGAUUGAAUGUCUUGACGACGAGGCCGCCGGCGGCGGAAGAGGGUUUCAGGGCAAUGAGAGCCUGGGUGCCGGCCAUGCCGGUGCCGUUCGGGUUGAUCCCCCAUCCGACCCAGCCGCCGUCUGCGCCGCCGGGAGCGGCGGCGACGAAGGCGACGGAGAGGGAGGAAUUGGUGGCGUUGAAUGUGUAGUGCAGGGCCGCGGACAGCGCCGGGAGGGAUGUGCAGUUGGCGAAGAUCUUGUUGUUCUUGAAUUUCUGAGGCGGGCAGGUGGUAGUGGCGGAGCGUACAGCAGGUGUGCAGAAGAGGAAGAGGAGGGAGAGAGCUGCAAGAGAAGAGAGGGACGCCAUUAAUGGAGCUUCGGUAGAGGAUAAAAUGGGGAAAGGCAGUUGGG